UUGCAGAGCGCCUUAUCGUUCGAUGCCAGUGUGAGCAAGGAGCAAGACAGAUCGUCGAAGCCGACGUUGGAGCAGCUUCGAAAUUCAUUCGCGCUGCCAGUAACUGCCAGCAGUCCGAAUCCGCUCUCAGCUACCACGCAGUUUCCUUGCUGUCUUCACGACUGUUACCAUCAGCAGCAGCAACAGCAACUGGCUGCGCCAUAUUUGGGCACAUCAGGUGUACCGACACCGCAGGGCCAGUGCUCACCGUCGUUGCCCACAGCCUUGGAACAUUUUGCGCAGCCUGGCGCCACUGCUGCUAUUGGUACCACAUCAGCGCCGUAUUCCCAGUUUCAUCCAUAUUUCCCACCUCCACAUGCCUUUUACUUUCCCGGUGCGCAGCAACACGUCUCUCCGCAGUUCGUAAAAGAGCAAGCCUGGACGCGUGACUUCUUGGCCAUUGGCAUCUUCAUGUGUGGAUGUCGCUUGAAACCGUUAACGGGAGCCGGACGCUAG